GUUUCAAUUUCUACCGUAUUCACGUGCGUGGCGCUAUUUUAGUUUAUAACAAUAAGGGGCUCUCAUACACAUUAUAACAAUAAAUUUAUUAAUUUUAACCCCUAAGUAAAUACAUACAGGUAAAAUGUCUCUGAUUGCAAGACAGUUCCCUCGAAUCCUUUUACAGGCUACACAAAAUGCUGCAGUGCGAAACAUACAUAACUCUUCAAGCUCUGCCUCGCCUUCUUCUUUGAAAGAAAGACCUACUUCAAGAGUAACUGCCACCUUAAUUCCUGGGGAUGGUGUGGGUCCUGAACUUGUUUACUCGGUACAAGAAGUUUUUAAAGCGGCAGGAGUCCCAGUCGAUUGGGAAACUUACUUUUUUUCAGAAGUCAAUCCCACCUUAAGUGCUCCUCUUCCAGAUGUAGCCAGAUCUAUUAGCAAAAAUAGGGUAGCUUUAAAAGGGAUUUUAGCUACCCCCGAUUAUUCUCACACUGGUGAGCUCCAAACCCUUAACAUGAAACUGCGUAAUGAACUGGACCUCUAUGCAAAUGUUGUUCAUGUAAAAUCAUUAAAAGGAGUAAAAUGCCGCCAUGACAACAUUGACUGUGUCAUUAUCAGAGAACAAACUGAGGGAGAGUAUUCUGCUUUGGAGCAUGAAAGUGUUAAAGGUGUUGUGGAAUGUCUUAAGAUAGUAACCGCCACAAAAUCCCAAAGAAUUGCCAAAUUCGCUUUUGAUUAUGCCAUUAAAAACAACAGGAAGAAAGUGACCGCAGUCCAUAAGGCAAACAUCAUGAAACUUGGUGACGGUUUAUUCUUAAAAAGCUGUGAAGAAAUGGCCAAAUUGUAUCCCAAAAUCGAAUUUGAAAAGAUGAUCGUUGAUAACUGCACUAUGCAAAUGGUAUCAAAACCCCAACAGUUUGAUGUUAUGGUCACACCAAACUUAUAUGGUAACAUUGUGGAUAAUUUGGCUUCCGGACUUGUUGGAGGUGCUGGAGUUGUGUCGGGCUCUUCGUACAGUGCCGAAUGUGUUGUAUUUGAACCAGGUGCGCGUCACACCUUCUCAGAAGCCGUAGGUAAAAACGUGGCAAACCCGACCGCCAUGCUACUUUGCGCGUCGAAACUUCUGCGUCACGUAAACCUGACGACGUACAGCGACAUGGUCCGAAACGCGGUGGAAAAAGUGCUGGCGGACGGCAAAGUCCGUACCAAGGACAUCGGCGGACAGAGCAGCACCCAGGAGUUCACUUACGCGGUCAUCGCCAACUUGGAAAUGCCCAAGGUGUGAACGGUGGAUAAUAAAUGAUUAAUAAUUUCUCGCUUUAUUUAUUUAUUGAAUAUUAUUUAUAAAACAAUAAGAAAGGAAUUUUAGGGAUUUACUGUGGAGUAAAUCUCAGUGAAGAGUGAGUAGUUUUAUUUAAUAAUUAAUGCAAUUAAUGUUGGCUUUACUUUUUAAAAUCUAUUUAAAUUGUGAUUGUUAUCAUUGUUAGUUUUCGGAAUUAAACACAACAAUUAUAUGUAGAUUGUAUAGCCUUGACAGAAUAGCCAAAUUUUAUUUGAUAUUGUGACUAUAGUGGUCACUAAAAUAUCUUGUCUAGGUUCAAUAAUUGUAUAAUUUGUUUAAAUAAAAUGAUUCUUGUUAUUUUCA